UAUGACUCACAGGAUAAUGUCAAUUGUCUACGAUGCUGCAACUAUGAUUUUAUAAGCGUUUUAGUAUCGGUAAAACUCAAAAAGGACUAAUCAUGAACGAACAUGAUUUACGUGAUGGGCCACCAUUAUUACAAGCAAUAUUUCAUGGAGAUCUAGACGAAGUUCGUACAUUAUUAUCAAAACAAGAGGAUAUUAAUUGGGCAGAUCAUGAACAACGUUCACUUUUACAUGCAGCAGCAUAUACAGGAGAUUCAAGUAUCGUAGAAACUUUAUUAUUACAUGGAGCAUCAGUCAAUGUUAAAGAUAAAAAAUGGUUAACACCAUUACACAGAGCUUGUUGUUCAAACAAGCCUACUGUAGUAGAUGUAUUAUUAAAAUACAAAGCAGAUGUAAACAAUAGAGAUCGAAGUUGGCAAACACCGUUACAUGUGGCAGCCGCAAAUAAUUCUGUAGAAUGUGUAGAACUUAUGAUCCCUUAUGUGUUAAAUAUCAAUGUAACAGACAGGGGUGGAAGAACAAGCUUACAUCAUGCUGCAUAUAACGGUCAUUUAGAAAUGGUCGAAUGUUUGAUUCAGGCUUGUUGCGUAGUAAAUGCAGCUGAUAAAAAAGACAGAAGAGCUUUGCAUUUUGCAGCAUAUAUGGGCUAUGACAAAAUUGUCAAAUUAUUAAUUGAAAAGGGAGCUGACGUAGAUGUUAAAGAUCGUGAUUUAUAUACUCCACUACAUGCUGCUGCUGCAUCUGGCAAUGUUGAAUGCAUGCAUGCCCUUAUCAAAGGUGGAGCAGACAUUGAGUCAAAAAAUGUAUAUGGCAAUACACCUUUACAUAUUGCUUGUUUAAAUGGACAUGUAGAUGCAGUUUCAGAACUCAUUAGCAAUAAUGUUAAUAUAGAAGUUACAAAUUACCAGGGUCAAACACCGCUUCAUAUUGCUGCUGCUAGUACACACGGCGUUCAAUGUUUAGAAACGUUAUUACAUGCAGGAUUAAGAAUAGAUGUUCAAUCAGCAGAUGGACGCACACCAUUGCACAUGACUGCGAUUCAUGGCAGAUUUACUCGUUCAAAAAGUUUACUAGACGCAGGUGCAUCGCCUAAUAUAAAUGACAAAAAUGGAAAUACUGCCUUACAUAUUGCUGCUUGGUUUGGACAUGAGUGUUUGACCACAACAUUACUUGAAUAUGGAGCAUCUCCAGCAGCUCGUAACACAACUCAACGUACGCCUUUACAUCUUAGUUGUUUAGCGGGUCACAUAGAAGUUUGCAGAAAGUUAUUGCAAGUUGAUAGUGAACUUAUAGACUCAAAGGAUUCAGGAGGUAGAACACCAUUACAUUUGGCAGCAUUAAAGGGUUCUGUAGUUUGUCUUGAUUUAUUGUUAUCUAGUGGAGCAAAUUUUAGAUUAACCGAUAACGAAAAUAAAUUAGCUUUACAUUUAGCUGCUGGUCAGGGUCACUACUUUUGUGUUUUUACUUUGGUCGGAUUUGGUAGUGAUUCUAAUACCCAAGACUCAAAUGGUGCUACACCUCUUCAUUUAGCUGCAGCAGCAACCAAUUGUUCAUCAAAUUCUUGUGCACAGUGUGUGGAAUAUUUAUUAAAACAUAGAGCAGAUCCGCAAUUAGGUGACAAUCGUGGAUUUACACCAAUGCAUUAUGCAGUAACUGCUGGUAAUCAAUCAGCAUUAGAAUCACUGUUACAAGCCACACUACCAGCUAUAGCUGCUGCCAAAAAAGAAUCACAGUUACCCUUACUUACACCAUUACAUCUUGCGGCAUACCAUGGUCACAGUGAAAUACUGAGGUUAUUAUUACCUUUAUUUCCAAAUACUAAUAUCAAAGAGGAUAGUGGUAAAACGCCAUUAGAUUUAGCAUCUUAUAAAGGUCAUGAAAUAUGUGUUCAAAUGUUAUUAAAUUCCGGUGCUUCAGUUGCUGUUGAAGAUUCUGUUACUAAACGUACACCAGUACACUGUGCAGCGGCUACAGGUCAUACUAAAUGUUUACAACUUUUAUUGGAAAAAACAGAAGAUUUAAGUGUAAUAAAUCGUUAUGAUGCAAAACGACGGACAGCUUUAAUCUUAGCUGUAGCUAAUAGUAGAACGGAAUGUGCAAGUUUACUUUUGAAAUACAAUGCAGAUUGCAACUUACCUGAUAUGGAUAAACAUACGCCAUUGUUUCGAGCAGUGGUCAAUCCGAAAGAUCAAGAUAUAGUAGAUAUGUUGUUAUCACAUGGAGCUCGCGUGGCCAUUCAGGAUACAAAUGGAAAGACACCAUUGCAUUUAGCUGCUGCAUGUGGAAGAUUAAAAGCUUUAGCUGCAUUAAUUAACGCUGAUCCAGUGGCAGCAACCUUAAAAGAUGAUCAAGGUUGCAUUGUACUUCAUUGGGCUUGUUACAAUGGAAAUUCUAAUUGUGUAGAAUAUCUCUUAGAACAAAAUGUUAUUGAUUCCUUAGAGGGUAAUCCUUUUUCUGCUGUUCAUUGUGCUGCAUAUCAAAAUUCCGCGCAUUGCUUGGAUAUGCUGAUAAAUAAAUUUGGUGGACAGGUAGUUGCAUCGUUAAGAGAUACUCCAGGUGGUCGACUUCCUUUACACGUUGCCGCUAGCGCAGGAUCUGUUGAAUGUGCACGACUUAUUUUAAGUUCCGUUGGACCUGAAUCAGCUGGGGUAGAGGACUUAGAUCAUUAUGGUCGAACGCCACUACUGUGCGCUGCUGUUAAUGGACAAUGCAAUGCUAUCGAACUGUUACUCGAGUGGAAAGCUAAUGUUCGUGCCGUUGAUGCCAAUAAGAAUACAGCAUUGCACUUAGCUUGCCAAAGACGUCACUCUUCUGCUGCUUUACUCCUUUUAGACUGGAUUGCUUCAAGUAGUUGCUUAGAAAAUGCUCAACAAUUACAAGAACAACGUGUAGCAGUUAUUAAUAUGACUAACAAACAACAGAGAACUCCUUUGCAUUUAGCAGCAAGAAAUGGUCUCGUAAGGGUAACAAGAAAAUUACUUGAAUUAGGAGCAAGCGUUAUUGCUGUAGACGCAGAGGGUCUUACACCAGCACUUGCAUGUGCUCCGAGUCCAGCGGUAGCACGUUGUUUGGCUACUAUACUUGCCGCUCAUGGUCAACAUUGGGAAACAACUCAACAUUCACCGUCUAUACAACAAACGUCAGAAGUUUAUUUGAAUGGGAGAAGUGGGGAUUCACAACACAGUUCAGACUCGGAAUUCUACUGACAGCAGGUAACACGCUUAGAACAUCAAGCGUAUCAAGAUAUAAAUGCUGGUUCCAUUCAUGGUGACAUUGAAACUGCCAGAUUACUUUGGGCAAGCUGUUGGCUUUUUUCAGUUUUUGCAUAAUAAUUCCUAGUUGUUGAAAGUAGGCAAUACCGAUGUGAUAGUUAGCCUCAAACAAAAAUUAUCAUGACAAUACCCGUAUUCACCCUAUUAAAGCAUUGAACCUACUCAUUUCACAGGUAAUUGAUAAUAAAAAAUAUCAAUGAUUAUGUUUUUAAAAUUUAAACGAUCGGUUAUUUAAACUUUUGUUGAUAAGAUAACAUAAAAGCAAAAAUAAGAAAUAAUUUCUAUGCGUUGUACAAACGAUAAUUCUAAAAUAUCCUAUUAAACAUUUUAUACAAGCAAAACUAAACAAUUAUAUUGUAAAAUGGUUUAAAUAGUGCAAGAACUUUGAAACGGCUAGUUUAGAGUUAAGCUAAUCGUGUGCCACACAUUUGGCUUAUAAGAAAAUAUUUUUUAAAGUAGUUAUUAUAUUUUCUUAAUUUUUAGAUAAAAUUAUUACCGAUUGUCAGUAAAAGAAAUGUGGUAAUUACACUCUAUAUAUCUUAUCAAUUUUGUGUAUUUACAAGUGACAUAACAAAAAGAAGAAUGUUGUUGAAAUUAAGGAAAUAUUGAUAACGCAGCCAAAAAAAAAAAAAAAUAAAAAGAAAAAAGGGAAAAAAAGAAGAAGAUAUAAAUUUAACAAAAUUGUAGAAUAAUAAGAUUAUUUCGUACAUGUAUUAUUGCCUAUUCUAAAUAGAUCAAAUAAAUACCUUUUUUAUUGUUCAUUU